UGAUCAGAGGGCUUCAAACAGUUGGAACAAGAAAGUCAACAAGUCUAGUUAUGUUUUCUUUUGAGGAGGAAAGACAUGACAAAACAUGUCUAUACUCCAUGUUAACUUAUUAUAUUGGUUGGGGGCGAAGAGUGGCCAAGACCUGAUGACGACAUUAGUGCAGUGCACGCUGCGGAAUGCGAAGCGCUCGCAGAGAAGAGAAUUUGGUUUUCGUCCUGAAAAUUAAGAAUUGGCAAGAUUCGUCAGAUUCGUGACGCGAGCAGCCAUGGAUGCAGCAAAUGGGCGGACGGAGUUGGGCGCUGAAGAGAAAUUGCUACUAAUUGCACGGACACGUUGGACACGCCGGGUCCUCGAGGAGCAACUGCUGCCCGCCCUGGGUGGAACAGCCGUCCCUCUGUUCGCCACCGCCCAGUUCGAAGGAGCCACCAUCCGACUGCAGACCAUAGACCUCAAAACACAGGAGCUGACCUGGCAGGAGGUCACUUGCCUCACCAGCGCCAGGGCCGUCCGCUUUGUCCAGCGCCUGCCGCGUUUCGGCGCCGUUGUGGACGCAGUGGUGGCCGCUGAACUUCAGCGAGACGCAAGCGAAGAGUUGCGAGUGGCGCACCAUGUGAUGAGCAACAUUGACCUGCCAACCACCAGUCUUGAGGUUGCCCACCGCCUUGCCCAUGUUGCUCCUGAAAUUGCUGCAGCCCUCGGCAGGGGCCUCCGGUUUGAAUCUCAGCUGCACCAUGUGGCCACGUCCAUCUCCUUUGCGGCCAAAAGAACUGCCAUGCUGAUGAGCCACGUUGGUCUGGCGGUCGGCUUCACCUGUCUGGUGCUCAACUCGAUGGCUCUGCACCAGGCCAUCGCCCACCAUGAUUCCAUAGCCACGGCCACCUUGGCCUCCUCAGUGGCUUUAGACGCCGCUUCCUGUGGCCUCUUCACCGCAGCCCUGAUUGUCCUGGCCUGCAAGGCGGCCAAACUGGCCACCAUCCUGUCCACGGCCGCCCUGCCUGCUAGUGUGGCAGCUUUUGUGGUUCCUCCUUUGGUGCGGUACUUCUGGACAAAGAAAAUGAAGUCCGAAGCUGCCUGUUUGUACCUGGCGAGGGCUCUGGAUACUUUGGAGAAGGCGGUGAUUUUGGAUGCUGAACUCAAUUCUCUCAGAUUUGACACAAUGGUGCCAAUUUCGGAAAUCAACUUCAGAAACGCCACAGUCACCCUUGGCGCCGUCCACAUCAAAGCCAACCGAAUUUUCCUGUUGAAUGCACCUCGCCCUCUGGAGGACAAAGUUGACGUCAUCGAAACUCUGGACGGAUGUGAAGUGCAGCCGUUUGAAACCUCUCACCUGACAAUGGUUUUGCCGACAAGUGGAAAUAUUUGUUUUGACUGGUCGGUGCAUUUCUUGGCAAAGUCAUUCAGCUUGAAUCCGUGUGCUGGUCUGGAGAAGCUGAGCAAGCUGAAGGACAAAGGAUUUAAUUUCCACAACGGACUGUUUGCUGUGCAUGGAAUCAAGACAAGUUUCUCUGACUCGACAAUCAGAAUAAUUCUGGACGGGUGCGAACGGACCCUGGCCAUUGCGCCAAGGAACUGGUUUCCAGUUCAAAAGGUGGAGAAGGGCAACUUUGACAUUUGCUUCACCUUUGUGGGUCAGGGAGGAAAAACUACCAUUCAGUUAGAAGAGAGGGACAACGGCAUCAACGUGGUUCGCUUGGAGUCGGACUCUCUAGAGCCGUCAACCUGGGUUCUGCGCUUUGGAAAAAAGCUCAACCUUGCGUAUUACAGCAAAGAGAUGUUCAUCUUCACCAGUGACGGCCUCAACGUGGUUCUCACCGACAGCUCCAAAAACCUUGUGUACUUUGUCCUGAACGAUGUCAUCUACGUUUUCAACCCAGCCUUGAGAUUAUUUACCCCAAAAGUCAUCAUGUCAAACUGGGUGAUGGAAAACCAAGAUUUCCUCCUGGAAAAGUUGGAAUUUUUCGACUGCGCGAUUGAAAUGGAAAUCAGCUCGUGCGUUGACUCCCUUGGAAAAAGUGUAACUGAUGCUAUGGUUUUCUACGACCCUUUGACAAAAACGAUUCGAGCAGGCACCUCUCGUGGCUUUUAUUACACCAGCAGUGCAAACUUCUACAAAGGCGCCUUAAUAUUGGAACUAGAUGGAAUCGACUUGAGCAGGACGGAACAGUUUUUAGACAUAAAUCAUCUGCACAAAUUGGCCGCUGACAAAGUUCCAAUUUACGUUUCAGGAAUGAAUCUGCAGGGCCACUUCUGUCCGAAUACGGGCAUCCUACUCCUUGCAAGUACUGCACAGGAUGGGAAUCUUUACAUGUUCUCCAACACUAGGGCAGCCCUGGUCGGCGUUGGCAAUUCAUUCCUGGAGCCGAGAGAAAAAUUGGGCGAAAAACUGAAAAGCCUCAGCAAGAGUUUCUUUUUUGACCCUGUGCUUGCUUUGUACCCCAAGAAGCAGCGCAUUUUGGCUGAAUACCUUUUAGUCUCUGACAUGCAAAACGUCUGGCUCCUUCCUUUUGAACAAAAGAUGGUUUCGGCUGUUGACAUUUCUGCCCCUUUGGAACUCAUCGACUGCUCCCACGGACGAGCCAUCGUGUUUGACCCGGAAUCAGGAAGACUCUAUUCGACUGCAAUGCUGCCUCUGGACGCCAAUCUUCAAAACCAACCUCCGCCCGUUGAAUUCUCAGGCAUUGGAAGAUUUAAGAGGGUAGUUCGCAAAAAGGACCGCACCAUUUUGGCAUUCACAGAGGAAGGCCUUGUUUUCCAAUGCAUUGAUGCAGUCAGGCUCGACCUGCUGGAAGUGCUGCUAGGAGCGCACAGUUCACUCUCCCAAGUGCAUGAGCUUGUUGGGCUGACCAAUAGCAAGAAAAAUUUGGUACCUGUCACUGAUGCAUUGACUUGCAAGAUCCUGUUCUUUUUUGAUACCAGUGAGAUGACAUGCUUGGACGCACCGGAAAACCACAAAGCUUCAGAAUGCAAAUACUUAGGAAAGGAAUCUGAUAACCAUUUCAUCUUCAGUUCAACCAAGAAGAAGGUCUUGAAACUGUCAAACAGUUCGGCACCAACUGAUGUUCUCUCUUGUGAUUAUUCGGAAAGGCUGGAAAAUGUUCUCCUCCUGUAUGAGCCAGAGUUUCCGAGUGACCUGGAGAAACUGAAACCAGUUUUGGAGAUUGGAGGAAUCCACACAGUGAUCUUGGCUACAAGUCGCAGAGUGAUCAACCUGACGUACAGUUUGGUAAAAUCUAAAUUGACGAAGUUUAUUUUAGAUCCCUUGUUGAAAAGCGUCGGUGUUGAUAUAGGACUCAAUUUUGAUACACACGUAGAUUUUAAAAAUGUUGUAGCUCGAGAUUUAGUGGCCUCUUAUGAAGGAAAAAGUUUCGUGAUUCACAGUGGACUGAGGGCUAAUUUUAAUAUUAGAUACUCCAACUGACUGCCUCAAAAAUGGCUUUAGCAUAUAUUCCUUAAAAUUAAUUAUUGCUAAAAAUAAUUUUAAACUUGACAGAGUGAUCUCUAUGUGUUUCAUAUUAUAUCAAUGAAUACAGAGUUUCUUUAAAUUUAAAUAUUUUAUAAAACUAAAUUAAUAGAUAAAAUGCAGCAAAUUUUAAGUGCCAGAAAUAAUAUUGUUUUGGCUAUUUGUUGUAUAAAAUACCCAAAAUAUUACCCUAUUUAGAUAAACCCAUGGGAACUGAAAUGUACCAAUAACCUAUAAGUGCAUAGAUUUAAAUGUGUUCUAUUUGCAUACGGGGAUAUUUUUUUAGGGUAAAAUUUUUCAUUCAAUAAAAUCAUCUGAGAUGGAAAACU